AUGCCUCUCUACGACGUCGAGUACGUCUGCCCUCUUUCCUUAUCCCAGCAAGAAGAGCUCGCCCAAGCCUUCACGCAGCUACACUCGCAACGCUUCCAAACCCCACGCGUCUUCAUCAAUGUGCGCUUCACGGAUGCAAGCUCCCAAGUAGUCUUCCGGGGGGGUAAGCGGCGGCAUUAUAACCGGGUGAUCCUUCGAUCUCGGACAAGCAAUGACCGGAGUAAUGAGCUUUACAUCGAGCACUGCCGCGCGAUUGUCGCGGCAUGGGAGAGGAUUGUCGGGACAGGGAACGAGGUGGGAUUGCGGACUGUAUGGGUGAUGGGGGCUUUAACGACGGCACUUGAGGCGGGGAUUGCGAGGCCUAAGACGGGAGAAGAGAAGGAGUGGUUGAGGGUUAAUUGGCCGCAGUUCAAAGCACUUGCUGAGGCUGGGGAUGAGGAUUUUAUUGACUUGAUGAAAGAAGAGGAGCUUUUGGCUUAA